AUGGCAGGAGUGUUCAAAAACGUGUUUGGCGGGGCGUCCCCGUCGCUCGCUCCAGCGAAGCCAGAUGAUGACUUUGCCGACUUUGCUGGCGCUCCCGAUCCAUCGCCUCUUUCGGUCGCAAGCUCCGCUCCGUCGCCGGCUGUGUCAACACCAGGAGUCCCCAGCGUACCGUACACGAAAUGGUACCGGGUGUGGGAGCGGACGACUCCCCGGGAUUUCUUGCAAGAGGCGUUUGUCCUGCCAUUCGUCAUCCUGAUCUUUGCGUUCCACUUCUGGGGCACGCGCAAGAACAGGAGCAAGGCCAGAGCAUGGGCACAGGUUCAUGCGCCCGUCCUCCAGAAUGAAUUCGCCGUGGUCGGGUUCAGUGGCAUUCGCAAGCCGAUCACCGCUGAAGCGGUUGAGUCGGAAGGACUGGCGCAGGCCUCGGUGAAGUCUGAGCUGAUCGAGCCAGAGACCCUGUUGAAAGAGAAGACGGCACAGGAUUUCCAGUCCUACGCGACCGGUCGGCAGAACGUCGCCUUCUUGGAUGUCUCAAUUAAGCUGCUCAAGCGAUACAACCCCAUCAUUUUCGUGAUGGAUCAUAUCCUCAGUGUCAUCUUCGACAGCUGGCCGCAACCGGUUGAGAGAUUCGAGGCGACGGCAUACGCUUUUGAUGGCAGGGAAAAGGAUCUCGUGCCGGUCCCCGCGGGAGAUACUAGCUCCAUCAAAGUCCCCAAUUCCACCUACGAUGGCUUCAUCUGGGCCGUUGUGCACAAGAACCACAUGCGCAAGUUCCGGCAGGAACGCUACGAUGCCUCCUUGACCUUUACCAAGGACAACUCCAAGCUUCCGAGCUGGGUGACGGUCAUGAGCGAGAGUGCGGAGAUUACCGACCAUCUGCUUACUCCGGAGCUUUCCAAGGCCAUUGAACAGGCUGCUGAUGCGUUUGAGUACCUGAUUAUUACGGACCAGCCUGUGGACAAGCCCACGAAGAUCGAAGAGACAACCCCCAGGAAGCGCGUUCAGAUUUCCCUUCGUGUGCCUUCUUCUCCCUCCGGCUAUUCAGCAACCAUGCCUCUGUUCAAUCUGUUUCUGCGUCUCCCCGAUGUGCUGGUGUCUACGGCGCAUUUCCGACCGGAGGUGGUGCGCAAGCUGCGCAACACUCGUGAGGAGGAGAUCCGACGCAUUCGCAAAGCCGAAGAGGAAGAGAAGGCCGAGGAGCGCAAGCUCGCGGCCGAGAAGCUGAAGAAAGAAGAGCGGGAGCGGGCCCUGCGUAACAUGAGUGCCGAAGAGCAGCGCAAGUUCCUGGAGCGCGAGAAGGAAAAGGAGCAGAGACGGCUCCUCAAGAAGAACACCCGACGGGCAUAA